AUGGCGGUGGUGCUUGCUUUUGUAUGCAUCUUUGUGCUCUCUAAUGCUAGUGGGGGCGGUGUUGCUGCUGCUCAGCUCCAAACGCAUCUAUUGGCAAAUCUUCUGGCAAAUGGACUCGGUAAAACCCCUCCUAUGGGGAAGACUACCCCCAGAGAUAGGAACUUAUCCAUGCUUAAGGAGUUACAACUUUCCUACAACAACUUUGAAGGUUUAAUACCAAAUCAAAUUGGUAAUCUGCAAAAUCUAGAGUCUUUCAGCAUUGGAGUCAAUGGUUUUUUUGGCACAAUUCCAUUUGGGAUCUUCAAUAUCUCAACAAUAAGAAAGAUUGCAAUGGUGGGAAAUAAUCUAUCAGGCCAGCUUCCAUCAAAUAUGGGUCUCUUCCUUCCAAAUCUUCGACAACUUAUUCUUUGGGGAAAUAAAUUGAGAGGAACAAUUCCCAACUCUAUUUCUAAUGCUUCACAACUCAUUAUCAUAGACUUAGGUGAGAACUCAUUCUCUGGCUUAAUUCCAAAAACGCUUGGAAAUUUAAGAUUCCUCUGGCGGCUUAGACUAGAGUGGAAUAAUUUGAUAGUUGAAUCUCCAGAAUUGAGUAUUUUCUCCUAUUUGUCCAAUUGUAUAAAUCUCGUUCAUUUAGUUUUGGGCAAAAAUCACUUGAACGGCUUCCUUCCCAAGUCCAUUGGAAACCUCUCUGUUUCUCUUCAAAACCUUCGCCUAUAUAAUUGCGAACUUAAGGGUAGCAUUCCAAUAGAGAUCGGGAAUUUAAGUGGUUUGAUUUCGUUGACCUUAUCCAACAAUGAAUUGAGCGAACUUCCGACCACAAUAGGAAGUUUGCGCAUGCUUCAAGGUUUGUACCUUGGUGAUAAUAGACUAAAAGGAACCAUACCACCAGAACUAUGUUAUCUAAGGAGCUUGUUUCAAUUAUAUUUAGGUGAUAAUUAUCUAUCUGGACACAUUCCUAGAUGCAUAGAUAAUAUGACUUCGUUAAGACAUAUCUACUUAGGCUUCAAUCAAUUAUCUUCUGUGAUACCAUUGAGCUUGUGGAGGCUUACAGAUCUCUUGGAGGUUGACUUCUCAUCCAAUUCUUUAAGUGGCUCUCUUUCAUCUGAGAUUGAGAAAAUGAAGGCCUUGAUGAUAUUGAAUUUGCCAAUGAAUCAACUAUCAGGUGAUAUCCUCAAAGCAAUUGGUGGUCUCAAAGAUUUGACUAGCCUCUCGUUCGCAAUAAAUGGACUAGAAGGCUCAAUACCUGUAUCUUUUGGUGAAAUGGUAAGCUUGGAGUUCGUGGAUCUUUCCAAUAACAAUUUAUCUCGAAAGAUUCCCAAGUCCUUAGAAGGACUCCAUUACCUCAAAUAUCUAAAUCUCUCCUUCAAUAAACUACAAGGAGAAAUUCCCACAAGAGGACCAUUUCUAAACUUCUCAGCUGCAUCAUAUAUGUCAAACAACGCACUUUGUGGUGCAACUCGAUUGAAAGUUCUCCCAUGUGAAGAAGGUGAUCCCAGCAAAAAGAAGACAACAUUGCCACAUAUGCUAAGGUAUGUAUUGCCAGCAACUUUGUUUAUAAUGCUUGCACUAACCCUUGCAUUUGCUUGGAAAAGAUGGAAAAGGAGGAAUCCAAAAUCUCCUACUCAAGUAGACUUGUACCCUCUAGUUACAUGGAGAAGAAUUUCCCACCAACAACUUUUACAAGCAACGAAUGGAUUCAGCUCUAAUAAUUUACUCGGUGAAGGAAGUUUUGGGUCUGUAUACCAAGGAACACUUUCAGAUGGGAUGAAUAUUGCAAUAAAAAUUAUGAACAUGCAAGUGAAACGGGCACUCAAAAGUUUUGAUGUAGAGUGUGAGGUGCUACGAAAUAUUCGUCACCGAAAUCUUGUCAAGAUCAUCAGCAUUUGUAGCAAUAUCGACUUCAAAGCCCUUGUGUUGGAAUACAUGCCUAAUGGAAACUUAGAGAAAUGGCUGCACUCUCAAGAUCACUAUCUUAAUAUCUUACAAAGGCUAAAUAUAAUGAUUGAUAUCGCAUCAGCAUUAGAAUACCUUCAUCAUGGUUAUUCAACAACAAUUAUUCAUUGUGAUCUGAAACCUAGCAAUGUCUUAUUAGAUGAAGAAAUGGUUGCACAUGUUGCCGAUUUUGGUAUGGCCAAACUCUUAGAUGAUAAGGACUCUAUGAUGCAGACCAUGACUCUUGCUACUUUUGGGUACAUGGCACAAGGUAAAUUUUCAAACUUUUCCAUUUCGAAUUGCAUGUUCAUCUAGCUUCUACUCAUUCAUAUGCAAUUAAAUAUCCUAAUUUGAAUCUUGCUCUACAAGUAGUUUUUUUCAAGUCUUUUUAUUCACUAUUAUAAAAUAAGAAAGUAUAUAUGAUGAGUUAGAAUGUUAUCCACAGAGUAUGGGUCUGAAGGAGUUGUUUCUACAAGAGGUGAUGUGUAUAGUUAUGGCAUUCUACUAAUGGAAACUUUCACAAGAAAGAAGCCUACGGAUGGCAUGUUUAUUGGAGAAUUGACCUUGAAGCAUUGGGUAGAUGAAUCAUUGCUCACUUCAAUACUCGAUAUUGUUGAUGCCAAUUUGUUGAGAAAUGAAAAAGAUCAUGCUGCCAUGGAGGACUGCAUAUCUUCAGUCAUGAGAUUGGCUUUGGAUUGUUGUGCAGAGUUACCUAUACAAAGAAUUAAUAUAAAAAAUGUUUUAGCCACACUCAAUAAGCUCAAAUCAAAGUUUGUUCUAGAUAGUAGAACAAGCUAACUUGAGUGUCAAGGUUGCUUACAACUCCCUCAUGUUUGUGCCUCUUAUGUUUGGGAUUUAGGUGUUAUGCUUCAUUAAUUUUAGACAAAAUUAUAAUUUACACCUUGAACUAUUAGCUCUUUUGCAA